CUAGAUCGAGGUCAAAUCAGACGGCCCUGCUGGCAAGAAACGCAAACUGGAAUCAGAGGCGGCGCCAGUGCGAAAUGUUAUCAAGCUAGCAGUCGCAGCCGACAACAAGCAUGUAGUUGUUGUAACUGAUGACAAGUCAGUCAGAGUUCUUGAAGUUACCGAGAGCGGAAAGCUCAAUGAACUAAGCGAAAGAACUAUGCCGAAACGCCCUUGUGCUGUUCUAGUGACUCCUGACAACAAGACAAUCCUGUGUGGUGACAAAUUUGGAGAUGUGUAUUCCUUACCUCUGUUCCCAUCUGCCACCACCGAGCAGCCUGAAGAGAGCACCAAGGUGGAAAUGAAGGAAGACGGUGAACAGAAGAAAUACGUGCCAGCAGCCACCACUUUGACUGUCCACUCAGGCCGUAAUCGCAGGGCACUUGAGAACCAGAUGAAGCAGAAGGAUCUGCAAGCCAAAGUCAAGGACGGACCCAAGUUUGAGCACCAGCUACUCCUCGGACACGUCUCCAUGCUGACUGACGUUCAAUUUGCGAGCGAGAUGGUGGAUGGAAGAUCCCGUGGCUACAUCAUUACUACCGACAGGGACGAACACAUCCGAGUCUCUCGAGGUCCCCCACAAGCGCACGUCAUUGAGCGUUUCUGUCUAGGACACAAGGAGUUCAUCAGCAAGAUCUGUCUGCUACCUAACACCGAUCUUCUUGUAAGCGGUGGUGGUGACGACUGGUUAGGAGUAUGGGACUGGAAAGCUGGCGAGCUGAAGGACAAGCGCGACCUCAGAUCUGCUCUCACAUCGCUCUUCUCGUCCCAGCCAAGUACAUUCAGAGCUGAGAACUCGAUUGCGGUGUCCGGGCUCUGGGCAGUAUCAAUGGAUGCAGAGGCCGAGAAUAAUGCAAUUUUGGUGGCUUGCGAAAAUCUGCCUUGUCUCCUGAUCUCACAGAGUCCUUUGUCGUCAAGAGCUCCUAAAGUGGUUGGCGUCAAUCUACCAGGAGUGCCCUUGGAUAUCACUGUGGUCGGAAACAUCGUCGUUGUCUCCAUGGAUGUUGCAGAGGCAUCGACACCUCGUCUUCAGGCCUACAGCAUAAGCACAAACGAGCUUGAGACCAAGUUGGAGCCUGCUGAGAGCUUCAACGUCAAACUACAUGACGCUAAUCAGCUUAUGCAUCCUGCACCAGAGCGGGAACAACUCGAUGACCUGUUGUUUGGUAUUGGAAAUCUGAGAAAAAGAGGCGCCCCAGAGGAGGCACAGGACGAUGCACCGGAUCAAGCGAAGGAUGGUGCGAUCAACGAAGAUUAGAAAGUCCCGAGCAAUGAACAUAGUGCAUCAGAGAAAGGCACGAUCAAUUGUGAAGGCCAAUGCGUGUUGACCCGGGAUCUACUACGUAGCCUCUCGACAGCCUCUCAUCCAGUCGAUGUCCGACGUCGGCCAAUUCUCUGUGGCUCUACUCCUUGGUACUGCGCAGAACGACUUGACGCGAAUGAUAAUCGCUACAUCAGAUAAGAUCCACGUUAUCACAAUAUCAAGCUUUGCGAUUAGGAGUCGGUGUCCGCUGCAGACCGGCCGAGGUCGCAUGGGUCAAGCACGUGCCUCGGUCCCUGUCGCGAUUUGGAACGAAGC